AAGGCUCCUUUGGUAAUUUGUGGCGAUGCCAUGUUCGGCAGGAAAAACCUUGUGCAUAUUCUUCCGGGCAAGAAGAACAGUGUUGUUGGGGUGUUGCCGAAAGCACUAGAGCUCAAAGAAAGAGAAGGAAAGUUGCUGGCGACUCCUAUUGACGUAUAUUAUAAAUCGCAGGUGAGUAAUGGACAUAGUCGGAGGGAUCUCAAGAAGGUAACGACUCUAGAGGGAUUAAUUUACCAAGGAAUUGUAAUCUGUAAAAACUGUCAGAUUCUAUGGCAACGAGUCAUCAAUGCUGGAAAAAACAUGUACCACAUAGCCGAAGCAAUCUGGAUUGGUGGUCAAAGGCCACGCCGGUUUGCAAGAUCUGCACGGCAAUAACCAAAUUUCGCCGCUACGAAUGCGUUUUCUUCUGCUGGUGAAGGCUACUUAUAACGAUUUGAAUUCUUACGCCAACAGACGCAAAAUCGCCUUUUGAUGAACGCAAUUUUCUUUUGAAAACCAGUAAUGGAUGCCAAAGUCCUGCUUGAGCCGUCAGACCGGAGCCAAUUAUCUUAUUGCUGGCUACCUCUUAGAUACGUUAUGUACUUUGGCAGACUAGGUUCGAAAUCUAGACUGAAGAGGAAGUGGUC